AUGGAUGGAUAUUGUUUACGAGGUGAAAUGGACGAGGCUAGAAAAGUAUUCAAUUCAAUAACCAAUAAGGGUUGCACACCUGACGUAGUUAGUUACAGUAUCAUUAUUAAUGGAUAUUGUAAAGCUAAAAGGAUAGAGGAGGCAGAGACACUUUUUCAUGAAAUGACUCGAAGUGGAUUAAUCCCUAAUGUUGUUACUUUCAGCACUCUUAUUAACGGCAUGUCACAAACUGGAAGACUUGCUGUUGCACAAGAAAUUUUCAAAGAAAUGUAUGCUUAUGGUCUAGUACCAGAUGUGAUCGCUUACUCUUCCUUGUUGUAUGGCUUAUGCAGGCAUGGUCAUAUUAAUGAGGCAUUGGGAUUUUUUCGUGCAAUGCUGACCAUCAAAGGGGUACACCCUAGUGUUUACACAUAUAGUACAAUGAUCAAAGGACUUUGUAAAGAAGGGCUGCUGAAUGAAGCAUAUGAAUUGUUUAGGAAAAUGGAAGCGGAUGGUUGCAUGCGAGAUAGUUGCUCUUAUAAUACCAUGAUCCAAGGAUGUCUUCACAACAACGACAUAUCACAGGCAAUACAAAUUCUUCAUGAAAUGGUUCAGAAAGGAUUUUCUGCAGAUGCAUCCGCAGCCGCCAUGGUAGUGGAUCUAUUGUGGAGUGAUUCAACAGUCCCAAACUGGAUAGUUCGGAUUCAUAAAGUUAAACCACCAAAUAAUGGUGGGGAGAGUUUCUGCUUCCCACUGUUGGCAGAUCUUGAAAUGGAUAUGGUAGUUGUAAUUGUGGUUGAAGUUUUAUGGAUGGUGAGAAUUGGAGGUGGAGAAUUCCCUAUAAUCAAGGAAUCUGAUUACCUUGUUAAUGGCGAAUUUUGUGUUGACAAAGAUUCCUGCUACGCCAAAUCGCCAAGCAAGCUACCGAUCCAACUUGAUACAUUGGACAGCCAUCCUUUCGAGCUUCAUGUUCGCACAUUUCCAGGUAUCAUCCACAUUGACACUAUCCCCAUACUUCCCUUGCUAGAAGGUAUCAUCCGCAUUGACACUAUCCCCAUACUUCCCUUGCUAGAUUACAGCCUGACGCAUGCGUCACUGUUUCUUCUUGUUGACCACAUGUCGGAUACAUCAUUUGAGCUUCAAUUUUCGAUUUCCUGA